CGCCGAGUCGGAAGUUGUGCCGUCGGUUUAUUUGUACUAGCGAAGAACUAGUUCUUGAUCGGUUUAUUGACUUUGAGCAGUCCUACAUCAUCAUUCUGAAGAGCGUGGGAAAUGGAAUCCUCGGUCGUUUUUUUUCGUGAUUAUGUGAAGUAGAAGACUCGGUCCUUCGUUUACGUUUUGCUUUUGUCGUAUCAAAUUCAUUUUCCUCACGUCGCACGAGAACUAUGAGUGCAGAAAGCCUAGCGCUCUAUCGGUGUUCUUUAUUUUUGUCGUGGUAUAGUAGUAAAUUUCACUUUGUAGAGAGAAGAUGGCACAGCCACAGGGCCACCUCGCUUUUAUUUCACACAUCCUUAACCGCUCCCAAACAAUAAAACAGGAGGACCUCCAGCACUCCCCUUUUCCCCCGAGGUACUUAGAACAGAAGCGACAACCUGGCUGGACGACAGUUCUGAUAGAACAUCAAGCCGUUUUAUAAUUAAGCCCCAGCUAGUUGUACACUGGAUCGAUCGAAGAAGUUUCAUCUGAACUAACUUAAGUAUACACAGCACCGCCCCGACUUCUUUACCUGUGUAACCAAAUAGCGUUUUUUUUUUCACGACAGGAAGUUUUGAAAGUAUGUCCAUGCUCGGCGCGACGAGACUCCUCCUCAACCGGGGGGCGGCAGCAACUGCGUCCCGAAAAUUGGUGACCCACACCACCGCGCCCGCCGCUUCGAACCUGUCUGCUAUCGCGCAGACCCAAAAGCCGUUUUUCCUGCAGAACGCCCAGAUCGCACGGUGCUUUUCUAGCGGGGCGAAUGCGGCGGGCGUGCAGAAAUUUGCGGACGAAGCCUUUGAGUUUUUUGACGACAAUAUGACCGUGCACAAGAACUCCCCCUCCGCCCCCUCAUACAUUUGGACAUGGCAUGAAUAGCAAUACAAACACCAGCAGCCAUGGAGCCUGUGCAUGACAAGUUCCUGCGUUGGAACUGUAGUACUGUUUGGGCUAAUAUUCCACAAUUUGUCAUGCAAACAGUGCCGCAAGGCAGCAACUUGAUUUCGAUUCUUGCAUGACAAAUGAGGCGGAGGGGGGUUGUGCACUGUCAUACACAACGGCGACGGCUUCAUUGUGUACUCCGAACUGGAAAAGGCGUACUUGGAGAAGCGAGCUGCGAGUCAGGUACUUAAUUGUAUCUUGCAUUACAAAUAUUUUUCUUAAGGUAAAUCCGCAUUACAGAUUGUAUUUCUCAUGCUGGGAAAAUUUGUAAUGCAUCUAUCCAAACAGCUUGCCCGCAUGUUUUCGAAGAACGGCCUGGCGACCAAGGGCAUUACGUUUGUAUCCUGUGCAAAAGUAUCGUACUCGUAUUGAAAUCAUGCAUUACAAAUCCUGUUCUUAGGGCAAAUUAGCAUUACAAAUUUUAUUUCUCAUGCUGAGGAAAUUUGUAAUGCAUUUAUACGAGUCGAGUGCGAUACUUUUGCAAUUCAUAGUUUGACCUGAUUGAAGAUAUGGACCUGAUUACCGCCUACAAGAAUGGAGACGUGGUUGCCCUGAACAACAAGAUCACGCGGGAUGGUACUGACUUCUAUAGCUUUUGCUUUUUCUUUUCCGUCGUGUUCCAGUUGGCUGUUUUCGCAUGACAAAAAAUUCUGCAUUAUGAUUUCAGCAUGACAAAAAAUGAAUUCCAAACUCAGAUUUCGGCAAAUGGGUGGAGAAUUUCCUGGAAAACUACGAGAAAUUAUGCAAAUUGAAAUUCGGAAUAAUCGCCCCAGAUGGAAGAGGAAUCUGGUUUAUACUAAUACGUCCUGCGCGGCCUCUUCGUAAUACUACUAACUUCUGAUGCAUGUAGUCGCAUUGCUUCAAAAGGAACCGCGAGUUCGUGAGAAGCACUUGAACUACGGGCGGUUUGUAAAGAAAUCGAAAUCAGUGUGUGGAAGUAUCCAAUAUGCAUGAACUACUUACAAAUACAACUUUCCACCAACACUAAGCCAAGUGACGUGGGUCGACCAGGUUCUACUUCCAGUUGGGGGCAAGAAAUGAAUUUCCGUACGAUAAAAAUUCGCUCCGGAUGCAACUGACGGGCAGCAGGACCACCAUGAGUAAGAGUGUACCUACCACCGCAUGCAUGUAUUUCGUGUGAUUUUCUACUUAUCCGAUUCUAAAAAUUACAGCAGCUUGCAAAUCUGCUGCUGUAUUGUAUUUUUGACGCGAAGUAAGUUUUUCUCUUUUUGAAAGAACAAGAACUCCCAGGUAUGAGAUUUUGUUCGGCUUAAGCUCCUAAAGGUUUUGAUGUCAGUAGUUUCUGAUGUUUUCAGCCACUUAUGCUAUUGCAGGACGAACAUUCGAUCAUCGAUAGUGGUUGUUUCUGUAUCCGGUUCUAUACUGCUUUUUUUUCCUCUUUUUGGAUCAAUAUUAUUCCGCGAGAUAGACUAAGGGGGCACCACGCAAGAAGCCUGCAAGAUUGUACCAGUGCAGCUGUCCGCUCUCUGUAUUGACGGCGGCACUUGACGUUUUACAUUUGCAAAUGGAGCGCAGUAGUUUCUCGUGUGGGUCACUGGAUGGCAGAUGAAAGUGUGUUUUAAACUGGUCAACAACAAAUCGGCACACAACUACCUCGCGUUGAUCAGUGACCCCGCGGGGAGGUGCUGCGCCGCCUCUGGAAGGUUCUCACAACAAGUGGACUGCCAAGUUUGGAUCAAGCAGUUACCGCGUGUCUACUACCUGAAAAAGAAAGAACAGGCAACUAAGUACAGGCUCUUUAUUUCCUGCUCAU